AUGGCUAUCCCUGAUAUGUGGAUUAAAUUAUUGAAAGAACAACGUGAUGAAGAUUGGAAUGUUGGAGAUAUUUGUUGGACAUUAAUAAAUAGAAGACAUAUGUUUGAUAAAGCCAUGCAAAAUUUAGAAGAAAAACAUCAUUGGUUAGAUUCACCUCAGGCAUAUAUUUCAGCAAAGCAUGAAAGUGAUAAGGUUAUAGUGUUCGAACGAGGAAAUUUGUUAUGGAUUUUCAAUUUCCAUCCUACAAAUUCAUUUUCUGAUUAUAAAGUUGGUACAGAAUGGUCGGGUAAAUAUACCGUUAUAUUAAACUUGGAUAAUAAAAAAUUUGGAGGUCAUGAUAGAAUAAAUGAAAAUCCUAAAGUGCAAGUCUUCUUUUUAAAAUUUUUAUUUCGUAAAACCUCCAAUGGAAAUGCCAAAUAUCUCGCAUUAUCAAAAUGUUCACCAGAAGAAUUCUCAGAAUUCAUCAUAUUAGGUCUAGCUAGUCCUUUGAUUCUUGAUAUAGAAAGCAAUGGCACUUUGGCAAUCUGUCGUGAACAAUUAUUGCUUAUAGUCAGCCUACUUGGACGUGGUGACCGGUGUGAUAUCGAAAUAAACUGUGAAGAUGGUAUAGUUCUUCACGCGUCUAGAGUAAUAUUGGCAGCUCGUUCAGAAGUACUCGAUAGAAUGUUAUACAACGGAAUGAAAGAAUCUACACAAAAUGAAAUUUAUUUACCAAAAAUAAACUCUAAAGCAAUGCAAGUAGUUCUAGAGUUCUUAUAUACCGGUAGCAUAGGAGAAAAAACCUUGACUGGAAAAAACGCAAUUGAAGUAUUCCAUGCAUCUGAUUAUUUCAUGUUACCAGAUUUACAAGAUUAUGUGAUGAUUUAUAUAGAGAACUGUCACGACGAAAGUAAACACGACUCGAUUACAAGACUUUAUACAAAAUUUGUCGAGAUUAUGGGUCCAUUAACACACAAUGAAUUGUUCAAAAGAUUAUUUCAUCUAGUUGCUUCAACACCAUUGGACUACGUUAGUUACAACACGUUUUCCGGCCAAUCAUUACAAGUUUUGUUGUCUCAUUCAUUAGAAAUGAAGGAUGAAUACUUUGCUACUUCAGAGUAUGGAGUAUUCCGAUACUUGGUUUUAUGGGGCGCAAAUCAAGUAUCACGUAAUGCCGUGACUCUUUUCCAGUUUUUAUUACCUUCUGCCGAAUCAAUUUUGGCUGGUGGGAGUUUUAAUAUUAGGAAAGAAAAAAAACAUAGUCGCCGUCGUCAUCGUGAUCAUCAGAAUUAUUACCAAGGUAAUGGCAGUGACGUUGAUGAUAAUGACAACGAAGAUGACGAUCUUGCUAUUAAAGAAUCAAAUAAACAUCAAAUUAAAGAAUCAUUGAGAACUGCUAUUAUUGAUAUUAUAUCAUCUACUCUACCAUUCAUUGAUUUUAGAUUAUUUGAUCCGGACGUUUUGGUGAAUGUGAUUGAGCCAUUAGAUAUAAUCCCAUCAAAUAUUUUAUAUCAGGCAUAUCGCUAUCACUCAACAAGAAAAAUGCCCAAAAACACAACUCGAGGUCUUGCACCACCAUUAAGAUGGGAUAGAAAUAAGCAAUAUGAACCAUUUAUACGUCAUACCGGUGAUAAUGACACCUUGAUUAUUUCUAAAAAUCAAUCACAUUUAGUAUUUAAAACAACUCAAGGUUUUAAAAAUGGUUACCACAAAUGGGAUAUAAUUGUGGAAGAGUCAUUUGAACAGACAGUUUACAUUGGUGUUUGCAGCACAGAUAUUGAUCAUUUACAAUUCCUUGGUAAUCAGAAACACGGUUGGGUUUUUGGAUCGGAUGGUACCAUUUAUCAUGACGGGGAAAGUUAUUAUUAUGGAGAACCUUUUGAUGAUCUAUCAAAAAUCACUGUUCAUCUGGACAUGAACAAAAGAACUUUGGCCUUUUCUAUUGACGGCGAUUAUUUUGGUAUUGCUUUUACCAAUAUUCCAUCAAAGGUUUAUCCCGCUAUUUCAUUAACGGAUAGAGCACAAUUUAAAAUUAGAGAACACAAAUAA